AUGUCUUCGACCAUUGACACCUCUAAAGUUCCCACGGAUGGCACAGGUGUUAUCCAGCUAGAUCCUUGGCUGGAACCGCAUCGCGAGGUCCUGAAGCACAGAUACCAAGUCGUUGAAACUUGGGCUAAGACGAUUAAUGAGUCGGAGGGGGGCUUGGACAAGUUCAGCAAGGGCUACGAAACCUUCGGUCUUCAUGCGCAACCGAACGGCGAAAUCACAUACCGGGAAUGGGCACCCAACGCAGUGGAGGCUUCUUUGGUCGGCGAGUUCAACAACUGGGACGCCAAUGCCAAUCCCAUGACCAAGAACGACUUCGGCGUCUGGGAUGUAACGGUCCCGGCGAAGGACGGCGCUCCCGCUAUUCCUCACGACAGCAAGAUCAAGGCAGGCUUCAUCAUCAAUCCUUGA